AUGUUAAGCAGAAAAAGUACAUCACCAUCCACAAAUCCAUUUCUUGACGAUGUGGAAAACGAGAAUUUGAAUAGAGGUAGUAGAAGUAGUUCUCAAAAUGGCUAUACUCCGCCACGAUACCCAAAAACAAGUCCAACGACCGCAGCAUAUCCCUCAGCAGAGGAAGAAAAACAGAUGCUAAGAGACAGAUAUAGGGAAACUGAAGAUAUGGAUAAUAGUGGUUAUGGUGACGCAGAUGCAGACGCGGAUGCAGACUUACCGCCAUCAUACGACGAAGUGGCAGGCCCUACGAAAUCAAAUGCUCCUUACCGAAGGGAGAAGGCAAGUGUCUCCUCAAAUGCAGCACAUACACCGUCAUCGCCAAAAGAUCCACUAAUCAAUAGCAAUAGAGAAUCAGAUCCCCGUCGUCGUUAUUCUCAUUAUCGUGGACCAGUCCCAUCUAGAGCGGGUGGCAGUGGGGGUAACAAUGAGCGUAGCGUACCAACAGCCCCAAUGGUAGCAGCACCAGAACCUCGUCGUCGUUAUGAUAGAGAUCAUACACCGGUACAGCCAAGAGAUCGUUAUAAGGAGCGUGAUUACAGUGACCGAGAACACCGAGAACACCGAGAACACAGAGAUAGAGAGAGAUCUCAUCACCACCCACAUCGUCAUCGCAGCCAUCGUCAUCGUGAUCAUGCACCUUCAUCGUCAAAAGACAAAAAAUCUUCAAAUGGAACCAAGCCACAACCGAAAAAUGUCGAUAAAAUCGAUAAAAUGGAUGUCACUGCACUUUUUGGUAGCUCUUUCCACCAUGAUGGUCCCUUCGAUGCGGUAACACCUCAUAGGAAUAAAAAUGCAAAGGCGCCACCGGUUCUUGCAUUCCCAGCUGAUGGGCCUAACAACAGUAUUGGUGGUGCUCCAACCAAGAAAAACGCUAUGAAUGAAGUCUUUGGCAGGAUGGAUCCUGAGGAUGAUGACGACAUUUAUCAAGCACGUCCAAAGAGUAGUCCAAGAACAACGGUCUUUGGUGUAUCUAGUGAUCCGUCAUCUGCUAACGGCAGUAGUACAACUUUGGAUGCUGUCAAACCUGGUGCUAAAGAUCUAACAGCUUUUGAUCCUCGUGGGAGGGUCCAAGCCGUUGAAGGGCCAACAACGGAUGGGUUAGGAUCUACUACAUUUUUAGAUGGCGCUCCUGCAUCUAAUAAGGCGAUCGGAGAAGACGUUAGGGCUCAUGCACGCCAAACUAGAUUAGGUGGUGUUCAGCGUAAACCAUCUUUAUCACAAAAGCUAACUAGUACGGUUAGAGGUGGUAGUAGUAGUGGUCCUAGUAGUAGUUACGGUAACGGUAGCGGUAGUGGUACUGUUUAUUCAAGGAAUCUAGCCCCAGAGAAGCCGCUAUCUUUGACUAGAUCUCAUAGUGGACAUUUAGAAAAUGGUGAUGACGAUGAAGAUGUUUAUUUGGGAUUGCCCUCAUCUGAGCUCUCUAGAAAGAAAUCAACAGGUACCAGAUUAAUGAGACGUGUGAGGAGUAUGAAAGUCGGUAGAAAAUAA